CACCAAACGAAUCAUCAGUCUCAUCAUUGUAAUUAUCACUUUCUCUCAAGUCAAAGUAUAUCAAUGGGGUUCUCGGUCCUAUAAUCGGGCCAAGCGAUGCCUUUGUCGAUCAAACAUUGCGUGGAAUUGUAUGCGCUCACAGACGUAAGCCAAGAUGGAGUCAGUUGGUAUAAAUGGGAGAUUGUCCCUCGCCAUUUACUAUGAUGAGCACCUUUACCAGCUUUUAUCUCUAGCUUGGCUUGGAUUUUUUCACGGCCUGGAAGAAAAAUUUCAAGGUUAAAUAAACAUGAAUUACUACGUCGACCCAGCUGUAUUUUUCAGUUUCGUUUUUGCAUCUCUUUUUGGCAGUGUAUCGGCUGGAGGGAUUGUAGUCGUCGAUCUCCCGUUAGUGCCAAAUUAUGCCAAAGCCCACGGCAUACUUAUGGGCCUGGCGUUGGUCGUCGUUCUACCUGGCGGAGCAAUUCUCAUGCGCCUUUUGAGCUCAAAAGGAAAGCCUACCGUCUGGGUUCAUGUCGGCACCCAGCUUGUGGGUUGGGUGCUCAUGAUCUCGGGGUUGGCCAUGGGUGCCAAAGUUGGGAAGAUUUUAGACAGACUUGAGAACAACGCCCACACGAUUCUCGGCACAGUUGUUGUCGCCUUGUUGCUCUUUCGGCCUCUGUUCGGCUUCCUUCACCACCGGAGGUUCAUGGCCACACGAAAACGAGGGAAAAUGACCCUCUUUCACGUCUGGUACGGCCGCGUCCUCAUUCUUCUCGGGAUGUUAAACGGCGGGUUCGGAUUGAAGCUAGCUACAAACUCUCCAGGUGGAAAUAUAGCUUAUGGGGUUGUCGCGGGGGUCAUAGGUGCAACUUAUGUUGCUGUGAUGGUACAUUUUGAGGUAACUGGUGGGAGCAAGACCAGUUCGAGGACUCCAGAUGUUCCGGAGGAAACGUCGAAAUCGCAAAGCAGUUAAAUAAACCGACGGUAUUAAAUUGGUGAAGAAUGAUCUUUUCAAAGCGCUUGUCCUCGAUAAUGGAUCAAGUGCCGCAUUUUCAGACUCUUUGUACUUGAUAGUUAAUAAUAGUCUUGCAAUAAUUAAGAGGGA